UUCGAUAUCGCGACAAUGGCAUCGGCAUCCACCAUGUGCGCUUCGUGCUGGCGUGCGAUGAGGAGAGCUGCCAUAGAGAAAGCGGCUGCACCCUCCAGAGUCGCAUCGCAGUCUGUGAGGACGCAUAGCAGGGUCGCCUGGCGCGCCACCUCGCAGUCGCUAUACUUUGACUUCCUUGCGCCGUCUACCUUACCGCGGAAACCCUUGGGGCAUAUACCAGCACAAAUGUCAGCAUUUGCUCAAGGACCAAGCAUACCACGAAGAGCCCUUGCCACGUCCUCCGAUCCCUCAACCGCAAAACCCGCAAACGUGAUCCAGAACCCACGAACCGACGACUCGGGCAACCCAAUGCUGAUUUCGAUAGCACCACGUGCAUCAAAUCGCCUAUACAAAAUUUCCACAGGCGACAACAACCCGAACCUUGCGCUGCGCGUGACUAUUGAGAGCGGCGGAUGCCAUGGCUUCCAAUACCUCAUGGACCUGACCGACCUAUCAAAGAACCCACCUACCGAGGAAGAUACCGUAUUUGAAGGAGAGAAAGGCGAGAAGGUUGUUAUCGACGAGCCGAGUUUGGAGCUGCUGAAUGGGAGCACAGUUGAUUAUACAAUGGAGCUGAUAGGGAGUCAGUUCAAGAUUACGGGCAUACCGGGGGCAACAAGCAGUUGUGGUUGUGGGACGAGUUUUGAUAUCAAGAUGUGAGCAGGUCAAGGAUCCAUGAUCCUUUAGCUAUUAUCUGCAUCAUCUCACUACAAUCACCACAUCACGUGUAGCAUGACUGCAUAGCUUCUCGUCUGUAGGGGUAUCCUUAUGCGCGAGAGCACUUCAUCUGGGUUGGAGUGCGGAUAGAAUGUGACGCUCACGUCCUAUCUUGGUCAUGUUGAUAACACAGAAAGCAGC